AUGGCUUUUGGUCUCGUUAUUGGCACUGAACGUGCGCUAGCUCUUCAAAAUGUCAUCCAGGACGAACUUACGAAGCGAGGGUUCAGCUCGGAGCCUGAUCCCGUUAUGGCUGAGUAUAUAACAAUCAUGAUGAUAAACAACAAGACUCCCGCUCAAUUAACUGCCGAACUCGAAGACUUGAUUGGAGCAGAAUACGACGCGAGUUUCACGGAUUGGUUAUUCGUUGAAGCUGCCAAGGGCGCUGCAGAUGCAGAUUUGCCAGCACAAGCUCCCACACCUGCUCAGUCUGCCGACCCAGUCUCCUCAGCCGAUGCGGCGUCUACGCCCGCGAACGACACUUUACGACGAGUCCCACCAGCCGCGCGCAGCGGUGUCUAUCAGCAAGCCAUCACACAAGCCAUACCCUCAACUGCCACCACGGGUCACAAACGAUCCGCUUCUGCGCGCUCCCCGUCUCCUAGUCACCCUAAUAAGUCAAGACGGACAGAUCUUCCGACUGGCCCGAGAGCUAUGCAGCGUGAUGGUUCGACGAAUGGCCCGAGUCACUCGCGGAGCCUUGCUGAUCGCAUAGGUGGGCCGGCGCAUCGAAGCAAUCAUAGGCAAGACGAGAUUCAAGCUCGGAUUGAUAACAUUGUAAGCAACAGUAACGGAGUGCCUGAUGGAUCAAAUAUGAUGAUGGGUGGAGGGUUCGGUGGAGGUAUGGGUAUGCCUGGAGCUAUGGGCGGUGGAAUGGAUAUGGGCAUGGCAAACCCGAUGAUGCUGCAGGAGAUGAUGAUGAACCAGAUGGCGCUUAUGGCACAAAUGGCUUCAUCCAUGGGAAUGAUGAACCCGAAUCCUCAGUUUGGAAUGCCGAUGCAAGGUAUGCCUGGUGGGGAAAUGGGAAUGUUUCCUGGGGGCAACAUGGGCGGAUUCCAGGGACCGCAGCCGAACGGGCAUACAGGUGGUGGACGAGAGAGAGGCAGAGGAGGCUGGGGCGGUGGCAGAGGCAGAGGUGGGCAUCUAUCUUCAGUUGAGCCGCACAUCCCAGAGACGAACGGAGCCACCAUUACCGAAGUCCCGAUUGUCGCACCAACACCCACGCCUGCGACUGUCGCGUCUUCCGCAGCAGUCCCUCCUCAACCGCAACGAAUACCAUACGCGCUUCCUGAACGGCCACAAACGCCGUCACUAUGCAAGUUCGGCCUAAAAUGUACCAACGCUCACUGUCGUUAUUCCCAUCCGUCACCCGUAGCAACCCCGGAGAGCGGUGUUGUACUCAGUAACGAAGCCUGCGAAAAUGGAAAGGAUUGUAAAGACAAGGAUUGCAUAAAAGCUCAUGUUAGCCCCGCUGUUCUAAAUCCCAACGCUGCAGAACAGCCUCCCCCCACUCCCCAGCCGAUCGUCGCACCGCCCGUUGUACGUCACCCGCCAGCAGCAUCCAACACGGUACCUUGCCGAUUCGGUGCAUCAUGUACGCGACCGAAUUGUUCAUUCUCCCACCCACCCCGCCACUCCGCCGUGCAAUGCCGCUUUGGAUCGGGCUGUACGCGCGCAGCAUGCCCAUACCAGCAUCCUGAUGGUCGCGUGCUCCCCACAUCUUUCCACAGAGGCCUUUCGACGAAUGCUCCGAUGGUCAGCGUGCCAAACCCCGAGCCAGGCUCCAUGGGGGCGCCAAGCCCACACAAGAGUGUCAAAUUCAACUCGGCGGCGAGCGUGAAGGAACGGUUGAAAGAAAUUGAGGAGAAGAAAUUGCAAGCGGAGAAGGCAGUCAAAGAUGCCGAAGCCGCUGCGAAUGCCAGCAAGAAGGACGACCCAAAGCCUGCUGCAAUAGCUGCUGCAUGA